CACCUGCCCACCGACGAGCUGCGCUACUUCCGAGAGACGGUGGUCUCGAUGGUGCUCGCCACAGACUUUGAGAAGCACGCGUCGGUGCUGAGCAAGUUCACCGCCCUCGUCUCCUCCAACUCGUUUAUGGAGGCCGGCGACGAGCACUGCGCGCGGCGGCGGCAGGAGGCGACGCCGGCGAAGCCCCUCUUUUGCUCGCGGCCCGACUGGGGUGUGUGCCGACCUUGCGCGGCGCCUGGAGGGGCGUCGACUCUCGAGGUGGAGGAGGAGCGGCGACUCAUCCUGCAGAUCCUCAUCAAGACGGCCGACUUGGGCAACCUCUCCAAGGGGUGCGACUACUGCCUCGCCUUCACCGACGGCGUCAUGAAGGAGUUCUUCUCGCAGGGAGACCGCGAGCGGUCGCUCGGGUUGCCGCUGACGCCCGGCUACCAGCGCGAGAGCGCCGACGUCGCCUCCUCGCAGCUCGCGUUUUACCGUUUCAUCGUCGAGCCGCUCUACAGCGCAGUCGACAACUUGGUGCCCGCGGGCGAGCUGCUGUCCAACCUCGAGCAUAUGCGCACGGAGUGGGAGGCGAAGCGGCAAGCCUCGCUCGAGGAUCAGCUGGCGUGGCUGCGCACCUCGCGCGAGCGGAUAGUCUGACCAGCGACAGGCGGUACGUAUAGGGACGAAUGGUGCGUGAGUGGUGAGAAAGUACAAAAUCGUAGCCCCUCUGCCUCUCGCCGC